AUUACCGACAGAGAUUAGUAGAGAAUCGAACAUAACCUGUGUGCCCAAGCCACACACAAAAAACAACAAUCAAAGACAAAUGGUUGUAGUAAAAACUUUGUUUUAUAAGAGGUACAAUACAUAAUUUACAAGUGUUAUAAGUAAAGAAUUUGUGCAUCAGCUGAUGUCAUGAGUGACCUCACAGUUGAUUUAUGCAUUCCAUUUCCAAGUGAGAGAGAAGCAGAUGUUGCCUAUCAAACUCUGAGGGUGGAUUCAGAACCCUUGAGAGGUGGUGUUAAAAAGACACUUACACUUGACAAUAAUACAAUCAAAGUGAAAUUUUCUGCAACAGAGGCAAGGAAAAUCAGAGUAGGUUUAACAUCAUUUUUUGAUUCCUUACUUUUGGUAACUGAAACCAUGUUAAAGUUUGGGCCACCUGGAGAAACUUAUGAACAUUAUUGAUUGUUUAAGUUGU